CCAAUGUUAUUAUUAUUGGACAGAAGCCUGUCGAACAGUCUGAUCCUUGGGCGGUGGAAUUUUGAAAGGCUCCUCUUCAACUUUGAGGAUAUAAGCGGCCGUCACAUAUCCAGUCUUCCACCAACACCGUCCACCUUUCAACGACAGCUUUUGCAUGUUUGCAUCAUGCAGUCGAUCCCCCGGAACAAUUCGGUAACUUUUAUGAUGCAUAUGUAGCUUGCAAGAUACUCACCGCGUACCUACAGUUGACGAUAGAGGAUACUUUGGAGCUAUACCCAGACGAAUGGGGUGCGCCACCAUUUGAUCCUAGAAAUGAAAAGGAAGUCUUGCAGUUGUUUGAUUAUUAUGUCACCAAUCAUAUGCCGGCUCAUCUGAUAUAUAUUGGCGACUCAGAGAUGAGGAUAGUGGAGCGCGGAGAGCUGAGCAAACUCUUCAAGCCAAGAAAGCUCAAUGAUGACGAGCUAAACAAGAUACGGUCCUCUAAAGAUGCCAUACGGGAGCUUAUCAAACCUGCCCUCAAGUAUGCCAUCUUUUCGCACCGAUGGUUGCGCGAGGGAGAGCCCACUUUUCAGGAUAUCCGUUACGGAAGGGAAUGCGGCAGAGAUGGGUUUCAGAAGCUGUCAAAGUUCUGCGAGAAGGCGAGGGAAUUUGGAUACCGGUUGGCAUGGUCGGAUACAUGCUGCAUCGACAAAACGAACAACACAGAGCUUGAUGAGGCUAUACGCUCGAUGUUCAGGUGGUAUCGUAAUACAGACAUCUGCAUUGUGCACCUCGCGGACUCCUCGGAUUCGCAGCAGAUGAUGAACGACGUUUGGUUUACGAGAGGGUGGACUUUACAGGAACUCCUCGCACCCCUUUCGAUUAAAUUCUUCGGCAAGGAUUGGAAACCUCUACGCCGCACGGACCUCCCAAAUGACAAGCACGACGAUCAACUCAUGAAGGACAUCUCGAUCAUCACUAGUAUUUCAGUUGAAGACCUCCAACACUUCUCCCCCGGGCCAACUCAGAUUCGUAAAAAAAUGAAAUGGGCGUCCAAACGUACGACAACCAGGGUUGAAGAUGCGGCAUACUCCCUUAUCAGUAUCUUCGAUGUUAGCAUGCCAAUUGCAUACGGAGAAGGAGAAUCGGCCUUCCAUCGUUUGAUGGAGGUCAUCAUCCAGAAAUGCGAUGAAUGGGAUAUGUUUGCGUGGGCGGGGCCGUCUUCCAGCCAUAGCGCUGCCAUCCCCAGAUUGCCACGUUGCUACUGUCCAUUCGAUGCAUCUAGAUUUCCAGAGGAGCGGAAAGAUGAACAAAAUCGGGAGGUACACGGUGAUAACGAGUUUAGGUUGACGCGCCAGGGCUUGCAGAUCAAGCUUGCGGUUGUCAAUGGCAAGUUAGAGCCACAACACGACGGGACCUUCCGGUUCAUCGUACCUAUUAGAUUCACAACUGCCUCAUUUGCUCCAGUGGUUGUACAGACCUCUCGCUCGAACGACAAGUAUUGCGAGUUCGCGCUGGGAAUAGUCAACUACGAACGAGGUCAGCGCCGCGGCGAGGAAGUCGGCGUGCUUUAUCCUCAGAAAGACUACCUCUGUUUCCUACUGGGUCGUGCUGUAGAGGGAAAAGAAUUGCACAAGGUGAAUACGAGCAAUGUGCUUACUGUGCGUACGACAUUCACUGGGUGGGGCAGCCAGGAACCGCUUGUUGUAGUAUUGUUGUGA